UCCCAGAAGUGUGCGACAGUCUGAUCAUGUUUCUGUGCAAAUAUGUUAAGCUUCCGUCGACGCGUGAAGACUGGCUCAAGGUUUCGGAUGAAUUUUCAUCCAAAUGGAAGUUCCCUCAUGCUAUCGGAGCCAUCGACGGAAAACAUGUUCCUAUUAAAGCGCCUGCCAAUAGUGGUUCUGAUUACUUCAACUACAAGCAGUUUUUUAGUGUCGUGCUGUUAGCAAUUGUAGAUGCAAACUGCAAUUUUAUGUAUGCAGAUGUGGGAUGCAAAGGACGAAUUUCAGACAGUGGGAUUUUACGUACCUCACGUCUUUUCGGUUUGCUCGAAAGAAAUGAAUUAAACAUCCCAGAAGCUGAAGUGCUACGAGAUUCUUCUUCCCUUAGAAUCCCGUAUAUGUUCCUGGGUGACAAAGCUUUUGCGUUUACAAACUAUUGUAUUCGCCCUUUCGGUGGCACGACGGCAAGUGGAUCGGUGGAACGUGUGUUCAACGAUCGUCAUUCAAAGGCACGCCGAACUGUUGAAAUGGCAUUUGGUAUUUUAAGUGCAAGGUUUCGCGUGCUUAGAAAACCAAUGGAAUUGAACCCGCUUACGGCCAGUAAAAUAGUUCUGACCACCGUUUAUUUGCACAAUUUCAUUCGCCGGGCAGAGUCGACCAGAAUCCACGACAGAGAACCGCAACAAGGAGAGAGCAAUUUCACGGAGUUACGCGGAAUUACGCAACGCACAACAAAUCAAUUAUUGCAAAUCCGAUUACAUUUGGCUAAUGGAUUCGCCAACGGAACAAUAUAA